AUGGGGUCCCUACUGUCACAGUUUGGUCUGGAGUGUGGGGAGAAGGAAGUGAAAGGCGAGUUAAAUUACCUGCUGAUGUCUGGUCCCAACGCUGGUGCAGAGUUUAUUAUUUUACUGCCACACCUGUGAUCAGACUAUCUGUGUCCCAGCCGUAAAGUGUGCUAAAGCCAGAGUUUAUUUGUGGUAAGGUUGAUGCUUUUAAUGCAACACCUGUGAUCUUUAAAUGAUGUUGUGUUUCCACCUACAGAGGAAGAAAGACACCUGCGAGCAAAUGACAGAGAACUCAACUUGUCUUACAAGUAUGCUGUGAGUACUGGGCUUGAUUAUUCAUUCCAAGCCAAUGUUUACAUAAUGUGUGUCUGUGUAUACGUUGUAUGCAUGUUAUAUACUGUAUGUUUUCAUGUGUAUUUGUCACAGUAACACGUUCCCCUCUUGCUCCCCAUACAGGACAAUGCCAUCAAAACCUCCAAAUACAACAUCUUCACCUUUCUCCCGCUCAAUCUGUUUGAGCAGUUCCAAAGACUGGCCAAUGCCUACUUCCUCUUCCUCCUCUGUCUCCAGGUAACCCUUACACAGUCUUAUAAUGCAGCCACUCUAAGCCUUGUCCUCUCAGUGCUGCACAGGGCUGAGGCCUGUAGACAAAUUGCACUGGGACUGUAGGCCUACAUACUAUACCUUCUAGGACAACAUCAGUAUGAGACAAUGUACAUGUGAUUGGACAUCUUCACUGGCUUUCAACAGACAUCAGAUAUGCUUAUCUGAACUCAUUUGUUUUAGACUAAUGAUAAUAUCUUAUCCAGUUAUCUUUCAGCUUAUCCACACAAAUCAAGGAAAUUGUUGUACACAUUUUCAAACUCCUGAAAUAUACAAAAAACUUACAUAGACUCUGAGUGCAAAUGUGUAUUUCUUCAUAGUAUCCACAUAAGCUCCUUCAUGCCAAUGGAGCUGGCUUUAUAUAGAGUAAUAUACACUGAGUGUACAAAACAUUAAGGACACCUUCCUAAUUUUAAGUUGCACCCCCCCCCCCCCCCCCCCCCCCCCCCUUUGCCUUCAGAACAGCCUCAAUUCGUCGGGGCAUGGACCCUACAAGGUGUCGAAAGCGUUCCACAGGGAUGCUGGCCCAUGUUGACUCCAAUGACACAGUUGUGUCAAGUUGGCUGAAUGUACUUUGGGUGGUGGACCAUUCUUGAUACACAUGGGAAACUGUUGAGCGUGAAAAAACCCAACAGCGUUGCAGUUCUUGACACAAACCGGUGCGCCUGGCACCUACUGUACUACCAUACCCCGUUCAAAGGCACUUAAAUAUUUUGUCUUGCCCAUUCACCUUCUAAAUGGCACACAUACACAAUCUAUGUCUCAGUUGUUUCAAGGUUUAAAAGUCCUUCUUUAAUCCGUCUCCUCCCCUUCAUCUACACUGAUUAAUGUGGAUUUAACAAGUGACAUCAAUAAGGGAUCAUAGCUUUCACUUGGAUUCACCUGGUCAGUCUAUGUCAUGAAACAAAACAAAGUAUGAAAAUGUAUGCACUCACUACUGUAAGUCGCUCUGGAUAAGAGUGUCUGGUAAAUAAUAUGUCAUUUAGCAGACGCUUUUAUCCAAAGCGACUUACAGUCAUGUGUGCAUAAAUUUUUACGUAUGGGUGGUCCACAAUGACUACAAUGUAAAAUGUAAUGGAUAGAGCAAGUGUUCUUAAUGUUUUGUACACUCUGUGUAUGGUACAGCAGCAGAAAGGUGAGUCCCUGCUGAUGUUUUGUCUCUCCUGGCUCCUCUCAGCUCAUCCCAGAGGUCUCGUCCCUGUCCUGGUACACCACCGUGGUCCCCCUGGUCCUGGUGCUCUCCAUGACCAUGGCCAAGGACGGCAGCGACGACAUGGUGAGCUCAACAUCUACUAACUACAGUAUUAAGACCGCAUGCAGGAGAUGGUCCACAUAGACCUGUUUGUUCUCACAAUUAUGUAGAUGUCCUGGUCUCCAAAUCCUCAUUCUCUUUCCAUUUCCUUCACCUGUGUAGAACAGACACAUAUGUGACAAACAGGUAAACAACCGGAAGGUGGAAGUCCUCAUCGAUGGAGAGUGAGUAUUUUCCUUUUGUGUAAACUAGGUUCUCAGUGCUUGGAAAGUGCUUGAAUGUCACAGAUUAGCUACAGUCUUGAGAGGGAGAGGCUAUAAGGAUACUCCUGAUGCCCAAAGUUGAUGACGUAUGUGGCGCAGCUAGAGUUUAGUGGGGACGAACGGAUUCGGUUCAGUCAGUCAUCAUAAUGAGACCUCCUCAGCUAGCUUAGUUGAUGCUUGUGGCUAGAAACUUCUGUGAGAAUUUGAAACUUGUCUGCCGAUGUUGGGACUUCGGAGAGUUUUCAGAAUCAUUCCGUUUUUAUAGGAGUAAUUGUUCGUUAUUUUAAAUAAAAAUGUAGACGUUAAUGCUGUAGUUGCAGGCUACAUUUACAGUGAAAAUCACUACAAUAAAUGUCCUUUAGCUGUCACCCUGAUAUUGGCUACACUAUCUAGCUACUUCCCUCUCCUUAAUGCAGGACAGUGGGCGGAUAGGACACACUGUGCCAAUUUCAAAGAUUUUACUGAGUUACAGUUCAUAUGAGGAAAUCAGUCAAUUGAAAUAAAUUCAUUAGGCCCUAAUCUAUGGAUUUCACAUGUCUGGGAAUACAAAUAUGCAUCUGUUGGUCACAGAUAUCUUUUAAAAAAGGUAGGGGCAUGGAUCAGAAAACCAGUCAGUAUCUGGUGUAACCAGACACAUCUCCUUCUCAUAGAGUUGAUCAGGCUGUUGAUUGUGGCCUGUGGAAUGUUGUCCCACUCUUCUUCAAUGGCUGUGUGAAGUUGCUGGAUAUUGGUGGGAACUUGAACACGCUGUCGUACACGUCGAUCAAGAGCAUCCAAAACCUGCUCAAUGGGUGACAUGUCUGGCCACGGAAGAACUGGGACAUCUUUAGCUUCCAGGAGUUGUGUACAGAUCCUUGAGACAUGGGGCCGUGCAUUAUUAUGCUGAAACAUGUAAGGGUUGGAGGUGUGACCCAGGUGCGGUGCAGGAUAGACAGUAGGCAGUAAGCAGAGAUGGUGAAACAAGGAUCUUUACUGGUGGUCCCGAAGCCAGGAUACAAAAUUACGUACUUAUGACGAUAAAAGAAAGGCGGGGCAAAUACGUUUCCAAAAACAGGCUGACAGCCAAAAUGCGAAAUAGUAAUAACUACGACUGAAAUAAUAAAGAAACAGGGAGAACAUUUCUCGAGUACCUGUACAUACGUCUCCGAUCAGACACUGAUUAGUACUGCUGAGCAUAGAGAAACCAACAGAGAAAAAUGGGAAGUGAGGGCAUAAAUACACAGGUGAACAGGUAGACACAGGUGACACCAAUAGGAUCAUGAUUAGUCCAGACUGCCCGGUACAGUUGAAACCGGGAUUCAUCCGUGAAGAGCACACUUCUCCAGCGUGCCAGUGGCCAUCGAAGGUGAGCAUUUGCCCACUGAACUCGGUUUACGACGCUGAACUGUAGUCAGGUCACGACACUAUUGAGGACGACGAGCACGCAGAUGAGCUUCCCUGAGACGGUUUCUGACAGUUUGUGCAGAAUUCUUCAGUUGUGCAAAGCCACAGUUUCAUUAGCUGUCCGGGUGGCUGGUCUCAGACGGUCCCGCAGGUGAAGAAGCCAAAUGUGGAGGUCCUGGGCUGGCGUGCUUACACUUGGUCUGCGAUUGUGAGGCCGGUUGGACGUACUGCCAAGUUCUCUAAAAUAACGUUGGAGGCAAUUUAUGGUAGAGAAAUUAACAUUCAAUUCUCUGGCAACAGCUCUGGUGGACAUUGCUGCAGUCAGCAUGCCAGUUGCACGCCCCCUCAAAACUUUAGACACCUGUGGCAUUGUGUUGUGUGACAAAACGGAACAUUUUAGAGUGGCCCUUUAUUGUCCCCAGCACAAGGUGCACCUGUGUAAUGAUCAUGCUAUUUAAUCAGUUUCUUCAUAUGCCACACAUGUCAGGUGGGUGGAAUGUCUUGGCAAAGGAGAAAUGCUAACUAACAGGGAUGUAAACAAAUUUGUGAACAACAUUUUAGAGAAAUUAGCUUUUUGUGCAUAUGGGACAUUUAUGGGAUCUUUUAUUUCAGCUAAUGAGACAUGGGACCAACACUUUACAUGUUGCUUUUAUAUUUUUGUUCAGUUACUGAAUCCAUUAGUCUCCACUCGACUCUCAACUGCACAACAUACGUUGUUAGCGUUCUCAAACACCAGAGGUCACUGUAACCUUGCUUUUGCGCUGUGUCAUUACAUUCUUGCUCUUUUCAGACUUAAGAGGGAAAGGUGGAUGGAUGUUCAAGUUGGGGACAUCAUCAAGCUGGAGAAUAAUCAGUUUGUCACGGUAAGGAUGGAGGUGGUAGAGGUGUUUGUGGAGGGUGAUAAGGUCACAGGGCAGAUGUACAUCAGAAAUACAAUCAGCCAGUGUAUUUCACCAGUCAUUCUACAAAAUAGAAAAUCUAACAUUUAUAUUUCAAGUAAGUCAUCAUUUAUUGGGUUUCACAAUAACAUUCUGUAGUGCUCUCUUUGCUUUCUCUCUCUCACUCUCAAUUUUUUUAUAUCACUCCUUCUCCAGGCUGAUCUUCUGUUGCUGUCCAGCAGUGAGCCUCUCAACCUCGUCUACAUAGAAACAGCAGAACUAGAUGGGUGUGUCUCUGUGUGUUGCAUGCGUGCAUGUGUUUGCAUGUUUGUGUGUGUACCUUUGACACCAGAGAUAUUUCACUGCAUGCUUUUAUUGUAUCAGCUCUCUGUGUUUCUCAUCCUACUCUCUUCCUCCUUUAGAGAAACUAACUUGAAGGUGAAGCAGGCCCUGACUGUGACAGGGAAGCUGGAGGAUAGCGAAGAGAAACUGGCCAGCUUCAAUGGUAAGACUGGAAAAAUGGAUAGAUUGUUAUGGCUUAAAUGUCUAGAUUGUAUUAUUUAGAAUACUCUUAACUGUUCAUCAGUCACUGUUAUAUAGUCCCUGAACCUCUCUGUACCUGUGUAGGUGAGGUGCGCUGUGAGCCUCCCAACAACCGCCUUGAUAAGUUCACUGGCACCCUGACCCUGAAGGGAGAGACGUACUCCCUGGAUAAUGAGAGGAUCCUGCUGAGAGGCUGCACUCUGAGGAACACCCAGUGGUGCUUCGGCCUGGUCGUCUUUGGAGGUGAGCCCUUUCAGUCCACAUGAUGGCAGAGACAUAACCUAACAGGUUAGGGUGUCCCUUUACAUGGCCAAAACGUUCAUUUAAAAAAAUCCUCAACUGAUGAUAGAUCUAUUCAUUCUUUUAGGUCCAGACACCAAGCUGAUGCAGAACUGCGGAAGGACCACAUUCAAACGGACCAGCAUUGACCGCCUCAUGAAUGUGCUGGUGCUGAAUGUGAGUAUGAGUAUUAUACACACACACACACAUACACACACACACACACACACACACAUACACACACAUACAUACACACACACCUCUUAACUGUUGUGUUUGGUCUUCCAGAUCUUUGGUUUCCUGGCGAUUAUGUGUUUAAUCCUGGCCAUUGGGAAUGGGAUCUGGGAAUACCAGGACGGCUCUAAGUUCGCUGCCUUCCUGCCCAAGGGGGUUAACGCUCCCUUCUCAGCCUUCCUCACCUUCUGGUCCUACAUCAUAAUCCUCAACACUGUGGUUCCUAUAUCUCUCUACGUCAGGUCAGUGCACUUCAUAUAUUCUAUAGGAGUUUCAAAUAUAUAUUUUUGCUAUUUUUAUAAUAAAACAAAAUAUAGAAAUGAUAAUGUGUCCAGCUCGCUAAUAAUCACUGAAAUGAAAGCUAGACAGUCAGGGAGCAUAGACAAUAAAAAAAAAAAAUAGAUAGAUGACAAUUUUUUGCACAUUUUGAGGGCGAGGAAAUAUAACCAAUUUACAGUGCGGCCCUCCGGAUCUCGUUGAAGACUGAUUGUGGCAAAAUGAGUUUGACACCCCUGAUCUAGCCAUUCACUGCAUGUGCAUCUCUAUGUGUCUCUAUGUGUGCCUUUGAUGACAGGACUGCAUCACCACUAAUCAUCAAAGUGAAUUGAUUGAAUUUCUUUCUCUCUCUCUUUCGUUCUCUUCCUCCUGUGUAUUGAGUGCAGUGUGGAGAUAAUUCGCCUGGGGAACAGUUUCUACAUAGACUGGGACAGGAAGAUGUAUUAUCCCAAGAGUGACACUCCUGCCGAGGCCAGAACCACCACGCUCAACGAGGAGCUGGGCCAGAUCAAAUACAUCUUCUCUGACAAGACAGGAACUCUCACACAGAACAUCAUGACCUUCAACAAGUGCUCCAUCAACGGAAAGUCCUAUGGUGAGGCCUGGUGCUGGAAUACACACAUAUAAACAGUUAUCAUGUGUUUACACACACAAAUACAUUAAGACAUAAUUUAAUACACAUAGGCUCCUAUCACUCACUGUACCAUGUAACUGACUAAAUGUGCUUCUGUUCUCCAGGGGAGUUGUUGGACUUUUCAGGACAAAGAGUUGAGAUUAAUGAGGUGAGAGGAGGAACAUGGUGUGUUGGGUUUAUGGAUUUAAUGUAUGAAAGAAAAUCUCUAAGGCCCUUUCUUUGGCAGUAAGUCCUUACAUUCCGUGGCACAAAUAUUCCUAACCCUCUUUUUCUCUCUCCGGUAGAAAACAGAGAAGGUGGACUUCUCUUGGAACAACUUGGCUGACCCAAAGUUCUGUUUCCAUGACCACAGCCUGGUGGAGGUGGUGAGGGAGGGAAACCCUGAGGUGCAGGCCUUCUUCCGCCUGCUGGCACUGUGCCACACCGUCAUGCCCGAGGAGAAGAAGGAGGGUGAGCAAGUGCUUCCUGCUGGAUUCACAUGUUAUUGCAUUGGUGUGGGUGACUAUGGAGGCUUGAGGAAGAAGUUGUACCUCACCACAGACCUAUGCCUAUCCCUUAAUGGGAGAACUAUCUGUGUUAUCAGUGGUUGGGACAACUUCUAUCUACUCCAUAGGCUAGACUAGUCUGGGUACCAGUCCUUUUAGCUAACAUUCCACUCUUUGCCAUUCCUCUGGCAAAUGACAGGCGUGGCAAAGAGUGGAAUGUUAGCUAAAAAGACUGGUACCCAGACUAAGGCUAGACACGGUGACAAAUAAAUCACUCCAUUGUGAUCUUCUAGGUGAGUUGUACUACCAGGCCCAGUCACCAGAUGAGGGAGCUCUGGUCACAGCAGCCAGGAACUUUGGAUUUGUGUUCCGCUCUCGUACGCCAGAGAGCAUCACUGUGAUGGAGAUGGAAGAGCUGGUCACCUACGAGCUGCUGGCUGUUCUGGACUUCAACAAUGUCCGAAAGAGGAUGUCGGUCAUCGGUGAGUCCAACCAACACUAACCAUUAUGCCUUUAGAAUUAUUAGGAAAUAUGUUCUGAAAUCAUAGCUAUCUGGAAUGAUCUGAAUGAUAUGAAGAAUAUAUUAAUCUAUAACAGUUGUUCAAACUUUGGUGGGUUUAUAGUAAGCGGUUGACUUGAAACCAAAUCUGAUUAUAUCUUGUAUGGCCCCAAGUGCGCAGUCCGGAGGGCAAGAUAACUCUGUACUGUAAGGGAGCAGACACCAUCAUCUUUGAGAGACUGAACCCUUCCUGCAGCAACCUAAUGGAGGUCACCACCGAGCACCUCAAUGUGAGUAACCAGUCUGUCUGUGUCUGUGUCUGUGUGUGUUUGUGUGUGUGUGUGUGUGUUUAGCAUUAUGUACUUCUUGUGGACCGUGUGAAUAUACACUACCGUUCAAAAGUUUGGGGUCACUUAGAAAUGUCCUUGUUUUCAAAAGAAAGCAAUUUUUUUGUCCAUUAAAAUAACAUAAAAUUGAUCAGAAAUACAGUGUAGACAUUUUAAAUGUUGUAAAUGGCUAUUGUAGCUGGAAACGGCUGAUUUUUAAUGGAAUAUCUACAUAGGCGUACAGAGGCCCAUUAUCAGCAACCAUCAGUCCUGUGUUCCAAUGGCACGUUGUGUUUGCUAAUCCAAGUUUAUCAUUUUAAAAAGCUAAUUGAUCAUUAGAAAACCCUUUUGCAAUUAUGUUAGCACAGCUGAAAACUGUUGUGCUGAUUAAAGAAGCAAUACAACUGGCCUUCUUGAAACUAGUUGAGUAUCUGGAGCAUCAGGUAUUGUGGGUUCGAUUACAGGCUCAAAAUGGCCAGAAACAAAUAACUUUCUUCUGAAACGCAUCAGUCUGUUCUUGUUCUGAGAAAUUAAGGCUAUUCCAUGCGAGAAAUUGCCAAGAAACUGAAGAUCUCGUACAACGCUGUGUCCUACUCCCUUCACAGAACAGCCCAAACUGGCUCUAACCAGAAUAGAAAGAGGAGUGGGAGGCCCCGGUGCACAACUGAGCAAGAGGACAAAUACAUUAGAGUGUCUAGUUUGAGAAACAGACGCCUCACAGGUCCUCAACUGGCAGCUUCAUUAAAUAGUACCCGCAAAACAAAGCCACAUCUCAGACUGGCCAAUAAAAAUAAAAGAUUAAGAUGGGCAGUCUGAGAUAUGGCAUUUUCUUUGCAACUCUGCCUAGAAGGUCAGCAUCCCAGAGUCGCCUCUUCACUGUUGACGUUAAGACUGGUGUUUAGCGGGUGGGGCCUCCCACUCCUCUUUCUAUUCUGGUUAAAAGGACCAGCUGCCAUCAUGUCAGUGAUUCCCUCGUUAACACAGGUGAGAGUGUUGACGAGGACAAGGCUGGAGAUCACUCUGUCAUGCUGAUUGAGUUAGAAUAACAGACUGGAAGCUUUAAAAGGAGGGUGGUGCUUGAAAUCAUUGUUCUUCCUCUGUUAACCAUGGUUACCUGCAAGGAAACACGUGCCAUCAUCAUUGCUUUGCACAAAAAGGGCUUCACAGACAAUGAUAUUGCUGCUAGUAAGAUUGCACCUAAAUCAACCAUUUAUCAUCAAGAACUUCAAGGAGAGAGGUUAAAUUGAUGUGAAGAAGGCGUCAGGGCACCCAAGAAAGUCCAGCAAGCGCCAGGACCGUCUCCUAAAGUUGAUUCAGCUGCGGGAUCGGGGCACCACCAAUGCAGUGCAGAGCUUGCUCAGGAAUGGCAGAAAGCAGGUGUGAGUGCAUCUGCACGCACAGUGAGGCGGAGACUUUUGGCCUGGUGUCAAGAAGGGCAGCAAAGAAGCCACUUCUCUCCAGGAAAAACAUCAGGGACAGACUGAUAUUCUGCAAAAGAUACAGGGAUUGGACUGCUGAGGACUGGGGUAAAGUCAUUUUCUCUGAUGAAUCCCCUUUCCAAUUGUUUGGGGCAUCCGGAAAACACCUUGUCCGGAGAAGACAAGGUGAGCGCUAACAUCAGUCCUGUGUCACGCCAACAGUAAAGCAUCCUGAGACCAUUCAUGUGUGGGGUUGCUUCUCAGCCAAGGGAGUGGGCUCACUCACAAUUUUGCCUAAGAACACAGCCAUGAAUAAAGAAUGGUACCAACACAUCCUCCGAGAGCAACUUCUUCCAACCAUCCAAGAACAGUUUGGUGACGACCAAUGCCUUUUCCAGCAUGAUGGAGCACCUUGCUAUAAGGCAAAAGUGAUAACUAAGUGGCUCUGGGAACAAAACAACGACAUUUUGGGUCCAUGGCCAGGAAGCUCCCCAGACCUUAAUCCGAUUGAGAACUUGUGGUCGAUCCUCAAGAGGCGGGUGGACAAACAAAAACCCACAAAUUCUGACAAACUACAAGCAUUGAUUAUGCAAGAAUGGGCUGCCAUCAGUCAGGAUGUGGCCCAGAAGUUAAUUGACAGCAUGCCAGGGCGGAUUGCAGAGGUCUUGAAAAAGAAGGGUCAACACUGCAAAUAUUGACUCUUUGCAUAAACUUAAUUUAAUUAUCAAUAAAAGCCUUUGACACUUAUGGAAUUCUUGUAAUUAUACCUCAGUAUACCAUAGUAACAUCUGACAAAAAUAUCUCAUAACACUGAAGCAGCGAACUUUGUGAAGACCAAUACUUGUGUCGUUCUCAAAACUUUUGACCACGACUGUAUAUAACAUUUUACAAGAUUGACUAUAUCCUGUGUCCAACCCUGUACAUGUGUAUAGGAUUAUUACUCUAAACUGUUCCAUUGACAGGAGUAUGCUGGGGAGGGUCUGCGUACGCUGGCUCUAGCCUACAAGGACAUAGACCCAGAGUAUAUGGCAGACUGGAAACUGCGCCACCAUGAGGCCAACACUGCCAUGGACGAGAGGGAGGAGAAGCUGGAUGCGCUCUAUGAGGAGAUAGAGAAAGGCCUGCUGGUGUGUACCACAGAAAAAUAUAUCAUUUCAAUGUCUUAUCAAAAGCCCUGCAAGACAAUCUACUGGCAUAGACUGACUCUUACUGAAUCUUACCGUUUGUACCGGUAUGUGUGUGUAGCUGUUAGGUUCCACUGCCGUAGAGGAUAAGCUACAGGAUGGAGUGCCCCAGACCAUCGAACAGCUCUCCAAAGCCGACAUCAAGAUCUGGGUGCUCACUGGAGACAAGCAAGGUGGGUUAUCGUCCUUAGAAUACACUAUCAAUAGGCAAAAAAAAUUCUCUGGCACUUCCUGAUUCUCUUUUCUCUCUGUCGGAACAGAAACAGCAGAGAAUAUUGGCUACUCCUGCAACAUGUUGAGAGAGGAGAUGAAUGAGGUUUUCAUUGUGUCGGCAAACACAGCAGAGGAAGUCAGAAAGGAACUCCAGUGAGUCCACAGACAGACUAUUGACAAUCACAUUCCUAGCUUGAAGCACCACAGUAAGGCAACAUGUAAAAGUAUCUCCCUCUCCCUUUCUACCUGACCAGGACUGCGAGGAGGAAGAUGACACCUGAUGGGAACAGAGGAACCUACUGUCAAGAAGAGUAGAAGUGGCCUAUUUUGUCUUAUAAAGAUGGAGACAGUGGUGGAUGAGCCGGUGAAUGGAGAGUACGCUAUGGUGAUUAACGGACACAGUCUGGUAAGGACAAGGACCCUGGUGGGUCACAGGACAAGUUACUGUAAACAUUACAUAUUCUGAGCCCUGAUUGACAGAUGUUAUAAUAACGUUUUUAAAUGAUGAUCGUAUAAUAUAAAAAAUCAAUGUUUUAAAAUUAACAAAACACAUAAAACAUUUUAAAAAAUGAGGAAUCUAUUGGUUAUAGCGAUGAAAAUCGCUGUCUUGAUGGCUUGUGUCAAUCCUUGUGUGUUUGUGGUUCUUGCGAAAAGAGGACGUGUUCCAACACUAUGGAAUUGUUCCAAUAUUUCAUGAACACCCCAUCCCGCCCCAUCUCACUCUCCCCCCUCCAUCCCUCUCCCUUCUCCUUCUCCCCCCUCCAUCCCUCUCCCUUCUCCCUCUCCCUUCCUCUCCCUUCUCCCUCUCCCCCCUCCAUCCCUCUCCCUUCUCCCUCUCCCCCCCUCCAUCCCUCUCCCUUCUCCCUCUCCCCCCCCUCCAUCCCUCUCCCUUCUCCCUCUCCCCCCCCUCCAUCCUUCUCCCUCUCCCCCCCUCCCAUCCCUCUCCCUUCUCCCUUCUCCCUCUCCCCCCCUCCAUCCCUCUCCCUCCUCCCUCUCCCCCCCGCCAUCCCGCCCCAUCUCACUCUCCCCCCUCCAAUUCAAUUUCAAUUUCAAUUUAAGGGCUUUAUUGGCAUGGGAAACGUAUGUUAACAUUGCCAAAGCAAGUGAAGUAGAUAGUAAACGAAAGUGAAAUAAACAAUAAAUAUUAACAGUAAACAUUACACUCACAAAAGUUCCAAAAGAAUAAAGACAUUUCAAAUGUCAUGUUAUGUAUAUAUACAGUGUUGUAACAAUGUGCAAAUAGUUAAAGUACAAAUGGGAAAAUAAAUAAACAUAAAUAUGGGUUGUAUGUACAAUGGUGUUUGUUCUUCACUGGUUUUCCUUUUCUUGUGGCAACAGGUCACAAAUCUAGCUGCUGUGAUGGCACACUGUAGUUUUUCACCCAGUAGAUAAGGGAGUUUAUCAAAAUUGCCUUUGUUUUCGAAUUCUUUGUGGAUCUCUGUAAACUGAGGGAAAUAUGUGUCUCUAAUAUGGUCAUACAUUUGGCAGGAGGUUAGGAAGCGCAGCUCAGUUUCCACCUCAUUUUGUGGGCAGUGUGCACAUAGCCUGUCUUCUCUUGAGAGCCAGGUCUGCCAGGCUAUGCUCACUGAGUCUGUACAUAGUCAAAGCUUUCCUUAAGUUUGGGUCAGUCACAGUGGUCAGGUAUUCUGCGACUGUGUACUCUCUGUUUAGGGCCAAAUAGCAUUCUAGUUUGCUCUGUUUUUUUGUAAAUUCUUUGCAAUGUGUCAAGUAAUUCUCUUUUUGUUUUCUCAUGAUUUGGUUGGGUCUAAUUGUGUUGUUGUUGUUGUCCUGGGGCUCUGUGGGGUCUGUUUGUGUUUGUGAACAGAGCCCCAGGACCAGCUUACUUAGGGGACUCUUCUCCAAGUUAAUCUCUCUGUAGGUGAUGGCUUUGUUAUGGAAGGUUUGGGAAUCGCUUCCUUUUAAGUGGUUAUAGAAUUUAACAGCUCUUUUCUGAAUUUUGAUAAUUAGCGGGUAUCGGCCUAAUUCUGCUCUGCAUGCAUUAUUUGGUGUUUUCGUUGUACACAGAGGAUAUUUUUCCAGAAUUCUGCAUGCAGAGUCUCAAUUUUGUGUUUGUCCCAUUUUGUGAAUUCUUGGUUGGUGAGCGGACCCCAGACCUCAUAACCAUAAAGGGCAAUGAGUUCUAUAUCUGAUUCAAGUAUUUUUAGCCAGAUCCUAAUUGGUAUGUCGAAUUUUAUCUUCCUUUUGAUGGCAUAGAAGGCCCUUCUUCUUCUCUCAGAUCGUUCACAGCUUUGUGGAAGUUACCUGUGGCGCUGAUGUUUAGGCCGAGGUAUGUAUAGUUUUUUGUGUGCUCUAGGGCAUUGGUGUCUAGAUGGAAUUUGUAUUUGUGGUCCUGGCAACUGGACCUUUUUUGGAACACUAUUAUUUUUGUAUUACUGAGAUUUACUGUCAGGGCCCAGGUCUGACAGAAUCUGUGCAGAAGAUCUAGGUACUGCUGUAGGCCCUCCUUGGUUGGUGACAGAAGCACCAGAUCAUCAGCAAACAGUAGACAUUUGACUUCAGAUUCUAGUAGGGUGAGGCCGGGUGCUGCAGACUGUUCUAGUGCCCUCGCCAAUUCAUUGAUAUACAUGUUGAAGAGGGUGGGGCUUAAACUGCAUCCAUGUCUCACCCCACGGCCCUGUGGAAAGAAAUGUGUGUGUUUUUUGCCAAUUUUAACCACACACUUGUUGUCUCCUCCAUCCCUCUCCCCCCUCCAUCCUGCCCCAUCUCACUCUCCCCCCUCCAUCCCUCUCCCCCCUCCAUCCCUCUCCCUCCUCCCUCUACCCCAAGGCCUUUGCCCUGGAGAAGGACAUGGAGAUGGAGCUGCUGCGGACGGCGUGUAUGUGUCAGACAGUGAUCUGCUGCAGGGUGACUCCACUGCAGAAGGCCCAGGUGGUGGAGCUGGUGAAGAAGUACAAACAGGCAGUGACUCUGGCCAUCGGCGACGGGGCCAACGACGUCAGCAUGAUCAAGGGUAGGAGGGAGAUGGGGAGACUGGAGAGCGAAUCCGAUUAUAUGAACUAGUUAAAUACUGGGACAGUGUUGAAGUAUCCUGAUCCUGAUGCUAAAGGUUUGACUGCUAUUAUAUGAUUCCUCUAAUCAACUCAUACACACAAGCACACACUCAUCCUCUCACUCUCUCUCUCCCUCCACCCCUCUCUCUUGCCCUCUCUUCCGCUCUCUCCUCCUCCAGCUGCUCAUAUAGGGGUGGGCAUAUCAGGUCAGGAGGGUAUGCAGGCGGUGCUCUCCAGUGAUUACUCCUUCGCUCAGUUCCGCUACCUGCAACGCCUCCUGCUGGUGCAUGGCCGCUGG